GCUUGUGGCUUGUGGGCAGGACUCCUCUCCAGGGGCUGAGCAUGGAAUGAUGAAGGACUCUUUCCUUGACCCCGCUGCGGAGGCAUUUCUCGAGGAGUUCAGACUCGGUUUGUCCUCUGUGCGAGACGUGCUCAGGCCAUUCGGGUGUGCUAUAAAGAAUUACGUCCACGUUCCAGCGAUAUGCCAGAACAAAUCAAGCAGACUAGAAAACUGAUAAGACACCUGACUCGUGAAGUCAAAAUAUGGAAAGAUCUGCGGCACCCCAAUGUCCUCGAGUUCAUUGGAUAUGCCAUCGUAGGCGAACGCUCCGACAUAAAGGGUAUUUUGGUGUCGAGGUGGUGCGCCAAUGGGAAUCUCAUGCAGUACUUAAGAGCACAUCCGGACUCGAGUAGGACUUUCUUGGUUUACGGCAUGGCAAAUGGACUACACUAUCUUCACAGCCACAAACCUGCGGUCAUUCACGGUGAUCUGAAGCCAGAAAAUGUCUUGAUCAGUGAUCAAGGCGAAGCACAGCUUUGCGAUUUUGGCCUAUCCCGUGCGUUGAAUGAAUUGUCUACUGGUGCUCAGACGACGUCGACUAUGCUUGGGUACACGAUACGGUACUCUUCGUAUGAAGUUCUCAUUGAGGAGGCGAAGACUGUGUUCAGCGAUGUCUAUGCCUUCGGGUGCACAUCUAUACAGGCAGGUGUAUCUUAAUUGUCCGGGACACUGUGGGUGAUUAGGGCCAUUGAGGGCCGAAAACCUCCUUGGAUUUGGGAUACGAACAUACCCAUUCAGCGCAUUCAUUCUAAGUGCUGUGAACCCGAUCACGACAAACGCCCAUCAAUUAGCAACGUCCUCCAAGACCUUGAUCAGACCGGCUAGGCAUCCCUUCGUUUUCGG